AUGCCUGUGUUUCAGCCUUCAAAGAGGGCUGGAGUUGUGGGGUUUGAAGGUGGUGGUGAUGGGCAGGUUCUAGAUCUGGAGACUGCCGUUAAAGAUGGGGUUUUGGGUGGUGUUGGAGGAGGUUGUUUCGGUGUUGGGGUUGGAGAGAAAUUGGAUCUGAAGAAGAUGAUUGAAGAGGUCAAUUUGCCAGAAGUUCCAUCUGUGUUUAUUUGCCCAAUUUCCCUUGAACCUAUGCAAGACCCAGUGACCCUUUGCACUGGACAGACCUAUGAGAGGUCCAACAUUCUCAAAUGGUUCAGCUUGGGCCACUACACUUGCCCCACUACUAUGCAAGAGCUUUGGGAUGAUUCGGUUACUCCAAAUAAGACCCUGCACCAUUUAAUUCAUACUUGGUUUUCACAGAAGUUCUCGCAGAUGAAGAAGAGAUCAGAAGAUGUGCAGGGGAUAGCUUCGGAGCUGCUUGAUACGCUGAAGAAGGUAAAGGGUCAGGCUAGAGUUCAAGCCCUGAAGGAGCUCCAGCAAGUUGUGGCAGCUCAUGCCACUGCUAGAAAAACUCUGGUUGAUGAAGGUGGGGUAGCUCAACUUACAUCUCUACUGGGUCCACUUACUUCUCAUGCUGUUGGUUCUCAAGUUAUUGCAAUUCUUGUGAAUUUGUCACUUGAUUCAGAAUCAAAAUCAAGUUUAAUGCAACCUGCAAAGAUUUCGAUACUGGUGGACAUGCUGAAUGAAGGAUCAAUGGAUACCAAAAUCAAUUGUAUACGGUUGAUUGAAACCCUGAUGGAGGAGAAGGAUUUCCGAUCAGAGAUUGUCACGAGCCAUAGUCUAUUGGUUGCUUUGAUGAGGGUGGUGAGGGAUAAGAAGCACCCAAAUGGUAACUUGCCCGGGCUUAUUUUGCUCAGAACAAUAUGUUUGCAUAAUAAACAUGUCAGGAACUUGAUUGUGAGUAUUGGAGCUGGGCCUCAAUUGGUUGAAUUAUUGCCUUGUUUGAAUCCUGAUUGCUUGGAACUGGCCCUAUUUAUUUUGGAUUCCCUGUCCUCUAUACCUGAAGGUAGAUUAGCUUUGAAGGACUGUUCAUAUACUAUACCUAAUAUGGUGAGACUACUAAUGAGAGUUUCAGAAAGUUGUACACAAUUUGCAUUGUCAAUCUUGUGGUCUGUAUGCAAACUUGCCCCAGAGGAAUGCUCAUCAAUUGCUGUGGAGGCAGGUCUUGCAGCAAAGCUCCUUCUCGUUAUACAGAGUGGUUGCAAUCCCGUAUUGAAGCAGCGGGCUGCUGAGCUCUUGAAGCUGUGUAGUCAACAUUAUUCGGACACCAACUUCAUUUCCAAGUGCAAGCUUACGAGAACAAUCCACUGA